AUGUGCCCAUAUUUCAUAAUAGUGUCCCCGAGAGGGCGGGAGCGGGGGCAGGGGCGGGUCGGUGGCGGUGACCCGGUUCCUUUGUGCGGAACUGUACGUGCGCUGCGCCGGCGCAGCUCAUGUUUCCGUCUCACGAUUCAUGCUCAACGGCUUCUUGGAAUCGCAGCGGCUAAUUGUGUCUACGACCGCUGCUGCUAUCUGACAUCGUCGUUAGCUAAUGACGGCGGCCCGGCGGCUCGGCCACAUGUUGAACUGAGAAUGCCCAGUGAAGUAACAAUCGUCAACGUCACGCGCGGGCGCGCGCUGCAACCGGACGGAGUC